UGUGAAAUUGCCUCUUUCAAAUGUGUUUUUGGGAACCGGGCUCUGGUUAGAUUUUUAGGAGCCUUUUUUGUCUUGGCAGCUUCACAAGAAGUUUGGAAACAUCUUCAGUCUCCAGAACUCCUGGACAAACCUGGUAGUGCUGAAUGGGUAUAAAACAGUGAAGGAAGCCCUGGUCCACAAAUCAGAGGACUUUGCUGACCGGCCAUACUUUCCAAUAUAUGAACAUGUGGGCUACGGAACCAAAUCCGAAGGGAUUGUUUUAGCAAGAUACGGGCACGUCUGGAAGGAGCUAAGGAAAUUCACGCUCUCUACCUUGAGGAACUUUGGGAUGGGAAAGAAAUCCUUGGAGGAGCGAGUGACGGAGGAAGCUGGAUUUCUGUGCUCCGCAGUCAAUUCUGAAGAAGGCCGUCCUUUCAAUUUACAUCUUCUUGUAAGUAAUGCAGUCUGCAACGUGAUCUGCACCACCGUCUAUGGAGAGCGUUUCGACUAUGGUGAUGAGACAUUCAAGAAGCUGUCACAUUUGUUUCAGAACUCUCUGGAUGAAGAAACUGGAUUCCUGCCUCAGCUUCUUAACGUGGUGCCCAUUUUGUUGCGCAUCCCCGGAGUGCCACAGAAAGUCUUUCGAGAGCAAAAGGCGUUCAUGGACUUCAUAGACGUGCUCAUAGAUAAGCACAGGGAGACCUGGAACCCUGCUCACAUCCGAGAUCUCACUGAUGCAUUUUUAAAGGAAAUGGAGAAGGGUAAGGAGGCUGAAAAGAACGGUUUCAACUAUAACAACCUUCGUCUGGUGACCGCAGACUUGUUUGCAGCUGGUUCUGAGACCACCUCCACCACUCUCCGGUGGGCAAUUCUGUACAUGCUUCUCCACCCGGAAAUACAGAGUAAGGUUCAAGCGGAGAUUGAUAAGGUCAUUGGCAGAGAGAGAUCACCCACCAUGAUGGACCAAGCGAGCAUGCCCUACACCAAUGCUGUGAUCCAUGAAGUGCAACGCUGCGGGGAUAUCGUUCCUAUUGGACUACCUCACAUGACAUACCGGGACACCGAGUUGCAAGGCUUCUUCAUUCCCAAGGGGACGACGAUCAUCACCAACUUAUCUUCCGUGCUGAAGGAUGAGACAGUAUGGGAGAAGCCCAACGAGUUUUACCCCAAACACUUCCUGGAUGCGAAAGGGCAGUUUGUGAAACCAGAGGCCUUCCUGCCUUUCUCAGCAGGUCGCCGUGCCUGCCUAGGGGAACAGCUGGCCAGGAUGGAGCUCUUUAUUUUCUUCACGACUCUCCUGCAGAAAUUCACCUUUGUGGUUCCUGAGAACCAGCCCAGGCCACAGGAGGGUAGUCGCUUUGCCCUCACGAAGUCCCCACACCCAUAUGAGGUGCAAGCUGUCCCAAGAUAA